AUGCAAGAAUAUGCUGAUUUACUUAUUAGAGCUACUGGAGCUGGUAAGUCUCAGCUUGCCCUGGAGCUGGCUCAAAGGUUUGGCGGGGAGAUAGUGAGUGCAGACGCUAUGCAGAUGUACAAGGGUCUCAAUAUUAUCACAAAUAAGGUGACUGCUGAAGAGCAAAGACUUGUGAAGCAUCAUAUGAUCGAUAUCCUGGAGACAAAUGCAGUAAAUACUAUUGUAGAUUUCAAGAAUAAAGCUCUACCUAUAGUCGAGGAUCUACUCAGGAACGGAAAGAUUCCGUUUAUCUGCGGCGGAACUAAUUAUUAUAUAGAAAGCUUGAUCUGGAAAAUAUUGAUUGACGAAGAAACACCGUAUUUUGUUGACAAGAAGCGUAAAGGAGAGUUGGACGGAAAUGACGCGGAAAGUAAGAAGUUGAAAAAUAACGUAUCGGAAUAUAAUAAUGAUAAGCAUCGUGGAGCACGACUUCAUCAUGGCAACAUAUCUUGCGGAUAG